AUUUUUGCUGUUGAGUAACUGCAUGCUGUGCUGGAGAGGGUGAGAGAAGGAGCAAGUUACGGGAAUAAAGUGCGUCUCGUGGAUCUGGUCAGAGGCCCCUCUUUCCAUUCCCCUUCCUGCUCAGACACCUCUCUUUUGCUGCUGGUGUCCACUUGAGUCGGGUGGGGGCAGGCCCUAGAGAGGACAUACAAUGGAGCGAAGAGCCUGUGGCAACUGGGUUGUUGUAUUGCUAAGAGGGGGAUGGGGUAGAGAGAGGACUGGUUCACGCAGCUAACACAGCCUGCCGGCUGUAGGCUUGCACAGCCUUCCCACCCCACUUGAACCCACUGUUUCCAGGCGAGAGCCUGCUUUCCUGGAACAGCCAUGCUCUGCCCACUUGGACAACACUAAGGAUUACUAACCGAUAGGUGUGGGAUUUUAGUAUACAUACUGGAAUCUGGAGAACCACGUAUCUCUGUGGAUGAACGGGAGAAAAAGAAACGGAAAACUUCAGUGCAGUUCUUUUGAAUGUAGUUUUUUUGUGGAUUUCAUGAAUGGAUUACAAGAUGUAUGCCAAGUCAAACGAUUUGCUGGAUUUUCAAAAGCUGGACGCCCUCUUGGAAAAAAUUGCACAUUCAGUCUCUCUAAAGAGAGAGUCCAGCGAGGAGUGCAAUGGGAUUGGCGGUGCUCUAUCAGUGGAGUCUGUGUCGGGGCCAAGACUGAACUGGUGUUCUGCCAACACCACUGCCCCUGCUCCUGCUCCAGCUCCCGUGACGGGGCCCGAGCCUACGCCCAUCCCUGUCAGAAUGGGGGACGGGGUGGACACAGCGCAAAUGUCGGGCAGCGGCAGCAGCAGCCAGGGGCAGGCCCAGAAUCCUAUAAACCCACCACCUCCAGAGUACAUCAGUCCUGACAGGCCAAAACGCCAGACUAAUCAGCUGCAGUACCUGCUCAAGGUGGUGCUGAAGUCUCUGUGGAAACAUCAGUUUGCCUGGCCUUUCCAGUCGCCAGUGGAUGCAGUCAAACUUAACCUUCCUGACUACUACACAAUAAUAAAAAAUCCUAUGGACAUGGGAACAAUCAAGAAAAGGCUUGAGUACAGUUACUACCGGAAUGCCCAAGAAUGUAUCCAAGACUUCAACACAAUGUUUACCAACUGCUACAUAUACAACAAGCCUGGAGAUGACAUAGUCUUAAUGGCCAAGGCACUAGAGAAGCUGUUCCUUCAAAAGGUCUCUGAAAUGCCUGAGGAAGAAACUGAGAUUGUUGUCAUGACAGGGAAAGGACGAGGCCGUGGCCGGAGAGACGGAGGGUCGAACUUGAAACCAGGGCCCAUUGUUGACUCAUCAUCUACAAUUCCUCAGACACGUGGUCUUUCCAACCUCUCAGCAGUACCACAGACCAGAGGACCAGUGCAGGGCCCGCCUACACUACCUCCCCAGCCUUUGAUGCAGGCCCUGCCGUCCCAUGUGCCUCCAAUACCCAGCCAUGCCCCACAGCUCGGACCUCCUUAUUCACUGGGCCAAUUGGACUGCAGCCCUCAAGUUCCCAUCAUCACUUCUGUGCCUCCCCCUGCUCAGACGUCCCUUCCCCCAGCAUCAAUCCAGAGCGCUGUACCCAUGAUGCAGAACCCUGUAACUAUGACCAAACAAAGAAAGAGCCAGAAAAGAAAAGCAGACACUACAACGCCCACAGCAAAUGACCAGCUGAAUGAGUCUUCGCCAGCAGAGUCCAAAUCUGGAAAGACAUUACCCCGGCGAGAGAGUGCCCGGCCCAACAAAAUAAUGAAGGAGGCUCCAGACUCCCAGCAUCAUAUUGGCAUGGGGAUAGCAUUGAGUGCAUCAAGUGGAGGUCAUAGCCCUAAACCACAGGAUCAGCUGGGCUAUUGUGCUAGCUUGGUUCGGGAAAUGCUGUCAAAGAAGCAUACAUCUUAUGCCUGGCCGUUCUACAAACCAGUAGAUGUUGAUGCGCUGGGACUACAUGAUUACCAUGAAAUCAUCAAACAUCCCAUGGACCUCAGCACCAUCAAGGCCAAACUUGAGAACAGAGAAUAUCGGGAACCCCAGGAGUUUGCUGCAGAUGUAAGAUUAAUGUUUUCCAACUGCUACAAAUAUAACCCACCAGACCACGAGGUAGUGGCUAUGGCACGGAAACUGCAGGAUGUUUUUGAGAUGCGUUUUGCCAAGAUGCCAGAUGAACCUGAGAGCAAACCCCUGGUAUCUGCUCCAGCUCCUGCACUUCACCAUCCAGCCCCAGUUAAGCCCCAGCCGCCUUUGGGCCGGGUCUCACCCUCUUCGGACAGUUCCAGCGAUUCAUCCUCUGAGUCAGAGUCUUCCACUGAUGACUCCAAGGAGGAGCGAGCCCAGAGGCUGGCUGAGCUUCAGGAACAGUUGAAGGCUGUCCAUGAGCAGCUAGCUGCACUCUCCCAGCCACAAGCCAGCAAACCAAAGAGAAAAGAGAAGGAAAAGAAAGAGAAGAAAAAAGACAAGCAUAAGAAAAAAGGUGUGCCUGGCCUUGUAGAAGACGUCCAGGAUGCUACACCUGUUUCACAGCUCUCUAAGAAAAGCAAGAAUAUUAACAACAGUAACAAGGAAGUUGCACCUAAGAAGAAGAACAGUAAAAAAGAGUGGACAAAAAGCAAUAAUCCCUCCAACCUGCAGCCUGCUCCCGCCACAGAAGAUGAUCUUGGAGCAACUGGGUCAUCGGCUGCUGGGGAAAAGUGCAAGCCGAUGACAUAUGAGGAGAAGAGACAGCUAAGCUUGGACAUCAACAAACUCCCUGGUGAUAAACUAGGCCGCGUGGUGCAUAUCAUCCAGUCUAGAGAGCCCUCGCUAAAGAAUUCAAACCCUGAUGAGAUUGAGAUUGACUUUGAGACCCUUAAACCUUCCACUUUGCGUGAAUUGGAGAGAUAUGUGUCUUCCUGCCUCCGCAAGAAGAAAAAGGUCCCAGUUGAGAAGCCAGUGGAGUCAAUGACUUCUUCCAAAAAGGCUGACUCUACUUCCGAGAGCACUGGCUCUAGCUCAGACAGUGAAGCUGAAGGAACAGCAACAACAAAACAAAAGAAGAAAAGUCAAUCUGUGAAAGAGGGCAAGAAGGUGCAGCCCAACACUCAGACUGGCCCUGCACAGACUAGCCUUACUCAGACUGUCCCACCUCAGACUGGGCUUUUUACCCAAGCUACAGCAGUUCAGUCCAACACUCAGAUGAAGCAACAUCAGCCAUCUCCUGCAAACUUUAUGGCUCCACCUUUAACAGCUCUGGAAUCUUCCCAGAUUUUGGAGACUAGCUUUGAGUCCCUGCCGCAUUUUAGCCACCCUUUAAUGCAUCUGUCCCAUCACACUGGCAACUCCACCUCGCCCGCACCUCCACACCUCAACGCUCCUUCCGCUGCUGGUCCAGUGUCCCCAGAGACCCACCCCUUCCUCAACCAGCAUCCAAUUAUCACAUCUCCAGCUUUGCACAGUUCCAUGCCUCAGCAGCCAUCUCGACCAAGUCACAAGGCAGCACCGCUUCAUCCCAAACUUCCUCAGCAGCAACCGGUCCCGCCUCAGCAGCAACCAUCCCUGCAGCAACCGCAACUUCCACCCCAGACAGCACCACCACCUCAACACCAGCUGCCUGCUCAGAUCCUCCACCCCCCACGACCACUGCAUCAACGGCCAAUGUCACCACCAACGCUCACGCCGCAGGGCUUACUGUCCUCCCAGCCUCCCCAGAUGCUGCUGGAGGAUGAUGAAGAGCCAGGGUCUAUGCCUAUAAACCAAGUACAAUUAUACCUUCAACAGCUUCAGCAAACCCGUCAGCCCCAGCAGUCCAUUCAGUCACUCCAGGCCCAGGCUCAUCAGCAGCAGCAGUUGCUGCAGCAGCAGCAGCCAGGUCAGACUUCUCUCCUGCAGUCUGUCCAAGCUCAAUCUCAGCUUCCACCCCAGACCUCCCUGCCUCCUCCACAACUCCCUGUGCACUCUCAGGCCCAACCAGCACCAUUGCAUCAAGUGCUGCCCCAACAGAUGCCGUCGCACCAUGCCCGCCGUAUGCAGCACGCUCAGCAGCAGCAGCAGUUGAGCUAUCAGCAGGGUCCUGUCGUCGUCAGUCAGUCACAGGCAUCCCAACACAAAGUUUCCAUGCCUACCAACAAAGCACAGCAGAUCAUCCAGCAGCCACAAGAACAACCCUCUCCUCGACAGACCAAGGCUGACCCUUAUAGCACAAGUCACAUAAGGGACAGUCCGUCUCCUCUCAUGAUGCAUUCCCCUCAACUUCCCCAGUAUCCAUCAUUAGCUCACCAGUCUCCACCUCAUAACAUGCAGCCCAAAAAGCAGAGGGCGCCUGUGAACCAAGCUGUGUUAAAGGAGGAGAAACUUUCUCCAUCACCAGUGAUGAGAAUAGAGCAAUUUAACCCCGCCACGAGACCAGACCAUCACAAGCAUCCAGAUAAGUCUUCACAACAUGGCCAUGGACAACAGAAUGUGAAGUCUGUGGACAGUUCGAGGCCUGUCAUCCGCUCCUCUGAGCCUACUGUGUCACCAUCUUCCCUGCAGGACAAGGAUAAGUUUAAACAGGAGCCUAAGACACCUGUAGCCCCCAAAAAGGUACAGGAUGUGAAACUCAAAAAUAUGGGCUCAUGGGCCAGCCUGGCACAGAAGUCCACAUCAACACCUUUAUCUGCAGUCAAGUCAUCGAGUGACAGUUUUGAACAGUUCCGUCGUGUUGCACGAGAGAAGGAGGAGCGGGAAAAGGCCUUGAAGGCCCAAGCUGAGCAGGCAGAAAAAGACCGGCUACGCAGAGAGCAGGACAAGCUACGGAGUCGGGACGAGGACGACAUCAUGGAGCCAAGCAGACGGGUGCACGAAGAGCCACGGCGGCGUCAAGAGCAGCAGCAGCAGCAGCACGUCCAGGUUCCUUCACAACAACAACAACAGCAGCAGCAGCAGCCGCCACCGCCGCCGCAGCAGCCAGAGCCGCAGCCAGCUACAAUACAGCAACCACCCCAACCCCCCACACCCCCUCAGCCUGCCACACAGAACCCAUUAGACCAACAGAGGGAGCUAGCACGCCGCCGAGAGCAGGAGAGGAGGCGACGAGAAGCGAUGACUGCAACAAUUGAUAUGAAUUUCCAAAGUGACUUAAUGGCUAUCUUUGAAGAAAACCUGUUUUGAGAAGAGGAGCAACUGAAGCAGAACUGCAAAGACAAAUAAAUUAACAAAGAGAGAGAGAGAGCGAGAGAGAGAGAGAGAGACACUUCCAGAAUGGACACUUCCUCCAAAGAGGAAUUUGGUGACCAUCACAUGUCACAAAGGGCCGUGGACAGUUCACUUUGACCCUGUGGAACUAAAACUCACCUGUUUCUGAUGUCAUUUCUUGGGGAUUUGGCAUUAAAGAAAAAAGAAGACUGAGAGGAGAAGGACGACUCCUGGUGGCACAGAUGCUUUUGUCACAUUUUUCUUUUUACAGAGUGCGUGAGCACGACAAUAAUUGAUAUCGUAGUAACUAUGAAAAUGCUCUGAUAAUGUACUGACAGACGGUGCAGAAGUGUUUUAAAACUGCUAGGUGUCUGCAGCAGUGAAGAGAAAAAAAAAAACUGUUUUGUUUGUUGUAAGUGAACACAUGAAGUGGUCGUUAGGGGUGGGGGUUAACUUCCAUACUGUAAAUCCUGUAUAUUUCUCAGCAGAGAAUGUACAGUUUGCCUUACACCUCUUUCUGAACAGACACACAGGUGACAUGACAGAAGUCGGCGCAGCGGAGACCUUUUUCCAUCAUCGAGUAUCUACUGUAAAGAAGUAUUUUCUUAUGCGACAAUAACUGCUUAUUUUGGACUUUUCUUCUUCUUUAGGUCUUUUGAAUCUUCACACCAACACACUCCAUCACCUGUCUAUGCCAAACAACCCAUUAUCUUUUAUGCUAAAGGAUAAAAACGCAGUAGUUAGGUCUUGAAAAUAUAUGCACCAUAGUUCCAGCGAGUGUUUAUCAGUGUGUGGGAGGGGGCAGGAAUCACUUGACUUUUUCAUCAUGCCUUGUAUUCUAAUUUCUAAGCCGCGACUGCAUCUUGUUGGCAGUCAGCGAACAUCAGUUGAAAUAAUUUCACUGCGGCUCACACCAUAAUGCGUAUUAAAGAGUUCACGACGUUGUCGAAAACGUUCUCCGUCGUCGCACUACUAGAGCCGUAAAACGGAGAGGCGGAGCUUCUCGGCUGUUCUCCGUUUUGUCACGCUGAAGGUUUUGAUCGCUUGGCAACAAAGAGUAAUAGAAACGUGGAAGGAACAGUCAAGGCGACACGAUGAAUACUUAACACCUUAAUAGCUGUUACUUGAAUCAGAUGAGUUUUUUAAAAAAUAAUACAAAAAAAAAAAAUAGUUGCAGGAACUGGAAGAAAUUUCUAGUUGGGUCAACCCCCGCAUCACAAUGUUUUCUAAUUCACUGAGGGCACAUUGUUGAUUAUACAAACAGACAAAACAAAUACAGAAGUAACAUAAAAUGCUUGUUUACGGUGGGGGAGGGGGCAGGUUUUUUCUUUCCCCUGUUUGUUCUUGUUUGGUAAUAGUGGAUGUGAGAUCUGUUUUUGGAGACUUUGGACCUGAGACAGGUCAAAAUCCAAAUGCAUCUGUCUGGCUUUCUUGUCUCUCUUUCUUUUUUCCCCCUCCUCUCUCCAGUGCCUGUAUUGUAUUGCAGUUCUCGUUGGCUUAUUACCCUUUGGGUGGGUGAAAAGGUGAGGGGGGGGGGGGGGGUACAUUUUAUAUUUACCAGUGAACAAUAUUCGGGUUUUAAAUAUAGUUUUAGCUGGACUUCUAUGAGUGUACACAUCUGACUACUUACUCAUUUUGUUCAUUCAGCAAAUUUUAGGUAGAUACGUUUCAGUGUCGCCAUGCUAGCGUUUGAGUCUGUGAGCGUGAUUGUGAGUUUGAUGGCAGCGUGACUGUUUCUGUUUUUUAUUUUAUAAAGCGUGUGGUGCAGGGAGGCGUGUGCCCCUUUGUAGAUAAGCAUUAUAUUGAUGAGAGUUAACAGUACUUCAGGAGAACUUGUUUCUGUGCUUAAGUCUCCUUUUUUAUUUCUAUGAAAGUCCACCAUAUAUGAAUAUAUAAUUUUAAUGAUUUGACAGGUUUCGAAAGGGUAAAAUUACCUUCAUUCCUGUUUAGUCUUUCUUCUCCCCCUUUUUUCCCCCCACAGUAACAUAAUGUUGGACAUAAUGUGCCAUGGGUUCUACAGAGAAUGUGCUGAUCUGCAGCUUAGCCCAGAGUUCGAAUUAUUCAGGUAUUUUAUUUUGUGUUACGUUUGUUCUGUUUUGGGGUUCGUGUUCCAACAUUUUCCUCGAUUAUCGUUUGAUAUGAGUGCUCUGUCGAGGUCUCUGAUUCAGUCUGUUAUGAUCAUUGAAUAAACUCAUCUCUUUUAUAGAAAAUUAAAAAAAAUAAAUGAAAA